AUGAUCCGGCAGUCAGAUCCAGAGCAGCUGCUGCCGCCUCUUUCAUUUCGAAGACUUCUCAACGUGGUCGAGAAGACGUGCCGUCAAUAUUCAACAGAAUACCUAAAAUUGGGAUUCAUUCCAUCUCAUUCCAAUGUACAGGUUCCGUUUUGUCUUCUUUGUGAGAAAUCUUUUUCAAAUGAAGCAAUGAAGCCUUCCCGACUAAAAGACUAUUUGGUAAAAAAAUUCAUUCAGAUAAAGUCGACAACCCGGUAUUGUUUUUCCAAGCCCAAGUUUGAGGGUCGCAGCACUGUUGAGAAGUUAUUUGGAAAAUCGUCACUCAACGCCGACAAGGAGCUCAUUUGUUCCUAUGAAACAUCUUUGUUGAUAGCAAAAUGUGGGAAACCUCACACUAUCAGAGAAAUGCUGAUUUUACCAGCAGUGAAACAGAUUUUUGCCACCAUGUUGGGGUCCAGUGCAAGCACCGUCACACAAUCGAUUCCUCUGAGCAAUGACACCAUGUCAAAAAGAAUUGAUGAAAUGGCUGCUGGUGUGGAAGAAAGGCUUAUUGACACCUUGAAAAGUACAGAAUUCAUGAUGCAGAUUGAUGAGUCAACAAUUCGUGAAAAUGAAGCCUUAUUAUUGGCUUAUGUCCGUUUCAUCAACGGAAAUGAAGAGAUUGGGGAAGAACUGUUAUUUGCUCAAAAUUUAGCCUCCGACACAAAAGGUGCUUCAAUAUUUAAAAAGGUUGAAGGGUUUUUUUAAUGAGAAAAAAUUUCUUUGACAAACGUUGUGGCAUGUGCAACCGAUGGAGCUGCAUCUGUGGUUGGACAAUAUCGUGGAUUUCAAGCUCAUCUAAAAUCUGAAAGUGCCCACUUGGGUGCUAAAUCCUUUCACCACAGACUUUGCACAACUUCAUCCCAAACUGCAAGAGCCACUGACAGAUCUGAAACAUGA